AAGUGGCAUUUCCAUGAUGCUAAACAGGGGGUCACUCAUUUACAAAUCCAAAGAACAACACUAUUCAUUUAUUUGCUGCAAGCAAAAAGCAAUUUCCUGAUAUUAAUGUCAUGAACAACGAGUCUCGUGCUCUCGGUAGGGACUCCUUAGACAUUGCGUCCACUCACGAAUCGUGGCACCAAAAUUGGCACUACUUCAUUCCAUCAACUGAAUCUUGGGCUGUCGUUGAAACCACAAACACGAGCUGCCAAGCAGCAUCGGAUGUCGGCAAUAAUAUUUUGGACCUCACAGUUGUUUCUUGGACCAUUGACGCAGGGGAAAGUUCUCAGUUGAACGCGCGGAAGCCCAUCGUUUCUCUCAUUCUUGGCUUACACCACGUUGAUAUCAUGUUUUUCCAACCAGUCUCCAAACCGCUGUUGCAUCUCUUGGAGCACCUUGGAUCCGCCAAUCAUGGUUUUAAAGCGAGGAAUACUUGCUUAAUUGGGGAGGUCAUCUUUUCGUGUCCAUGAUGCUAUUGUCAAAGGACCGAUUUAUCAGCUCAAGCCUAGGUAGGAUCAGUCUGGAGAGUCAAGUAUCCUAGUCGCUUUGGUAGGGACGCUCUUUGUUGCGAUGUCUCUGUGCGGUCGUCACCAAUAAACGAGACAUGUCAGUUGCGACUUAUCAAUGUGCACUUCGACUCACUCCCUGUUCAGCCUUUGAAACGCCCUGAACAACUGCGAUCUUUUCUGGACUUUUGCAAGAAGCUGGACGUGGCCAGGAUGGGCGAGUUGUGUCUUGGAACGCCCAGUGUUCUUCCAAGAUAAUGAAUGAAUGAGUCCUGAGCGAAGCUGCACUAAGGCAAAUUGUUCUGGGCCAGUUAGGCGCAGGAGUCAUAUGUCAGAUAUUCCAUUGAGUUGGUAAGAACUUUUUUUUUCUCUUUUCCUUUUUUGUACCAUUUAACAUAUUGGUCAACUUGCACACUUCUCCGUAGCACGGUGAUAACGUAUGUACCUUAAGUAAGCGGCAUCAGAUUGUUUCGUGACACUUCCAAAUGAAGAUUGUUGCAGUUCUGACAUUCCACCGUCCUUGUAUAGGUACUAUCUUAAUAAUACCAUGUGUAGCUUAUGUAUCUUUGCUGAUGUG